AUGGCUGGGUUUGGUUUGAAGAACGAAGUGACCUGUGGGGUUAAAUCUAUGAAAAAUGUUCACGAUCGACCAUCAACGGCAACAAAUUUGUUGAAUGCUGAUUCUCCCGCUAAGAAGUGCGCGUUUUGCAGCGGAAAACAUGAUUCAUUUAAUUGUUUUAAGGCUAAAAAAAUGCCAUUUUCAGAGAGGCAAAAACUCUUAAAGGAUAAAGGACACUGCUUUCGCUGUUUAAAGGCUGGUCACUGUGCAAAUAAAUGCAGGAGUUCUAUUAAAUGUGCAAUUUGCCAUAAAAAUCACAGCGUAAUUAUGUGUUUAGAACUGCUUGAAAAUAAGACAAAUGUUAAGAAGAAUAUUUUAAACAGAAAUGAAAAAGAAACUAGCGAGGAAGAAAGUUAUGUAAAUCUUUCUAGUGUUAGCAACACACCACAAGUACUUUUGCAAAUCAUGAAAGUAAAAUUAAUUGGAAAUAAUUGUAUACUUUGUGUUCGAGCUUUAUAUGACACAGGAUCGCUAAAAUCGUAUUUAAGGAAGGACUUAAUUUCUACUCUAGGCCUGAUACCUUCCAGACAACAGAUUUUGAGCCACGCCCUUUUCGGAGGAAAACGAACUCCUGAAAAUGUGCAUAAUGUCUACAAAAUUAAGCUAAAGAGUUUAGAUGAUAAUUUUACUUGUACUUUUGAUAUUUAUGAGCAAGAUACAAUUUGUGAUGCCUUCUGCCUUAAAUGGGCCAUGAAUUAA